AUGAGUUUCCUCGAUUCCGUUCUUUCGUCCCUCGAGUCGGGAAAUUCCUCCCAAGACCGGAUCUCUCGACCUCCUGCUGCGCCCGUAUCCUCAUCCGCUACAAAGAAAGACGAUAAAUCGUCUGGAAAUUUUGCGCGACAAUCCGCUCCAAAUGGAACUGUGACUGGGAACACGACUGGAGGAAUCAAGCGCAAGGCGGAGGAGCAGCUACCCCGUCUCCCGAGACCUGAUGGCCAAACUCCUGGACUGUUGAACACUAAGCCUGCGAUUCCCUCUGUUCCGCCCAAGGUCGUUCCAGGCGUUCCCAAAUCGGCGUCUGCUCCCAGUCUGAAGACUAAAACAACGUCGCCAAAGCCGGUUUCCCGAAAUGUCGCAACAGGCCAAGCCAAGCCCGCUUCAAAGCCUGCGCCAGUUAAGGCUACCCCCGUCAAACCUACUCCCUCCAAACCUACCGCCCCGGCAAAGCCACCUCCAAAAGGAUCGUUCGCUGCUAUCAUGGAAGCGGCCAAAGCCGCGCAAGGCAAAGCACCUUCCCAGAUCGGUGUAAUUCGCCACCAGUCGGCGCCCAAGGAGAAUUUGAGUAAAGUUGAGCGCCAACGUCGACUUUUGGAGGCCCAGCAAAAGAAGAAGGCUGAGCAGAAAGGUCAACGAUUCGAACCAAGCUCAUUAUCCAAGGGCAAGGUUGUCGGAAAGAAGGCUGAGCCCCAGGUGUCUUCGUACAAAGGAACUGCCAAGCCAUCGAAAGCUCCGGAGCCUGCCGCUUAUCGUGGAACUGCCAACCUGCCUUCAAAGCGGAGCAACAACGAUCGCCGUCAGAACGGCAGACGUCGGGUGGACGAAUACCUCGGGACCGAUGAGGAAGACGAAGGUGACUACGGAGGCGGUGGUUACGAUGACUACUCGGACGCGUCCUCUGACAUGGAAGCUGGAUUUGACGAUGUUGCCAACGAGGAAGACACCGCUUUAAAAUCUGCCCGUCGUGAAGAUGAAGAAGAAUUGCGGAUGGAGAUGGCCGCGAAGAAAGCGAAGUUGCAGCGCCAGCAGAAGCUGGCCGCUCUUGCAUCCCGAACCAAGCGCUGA